AAUUGUGAAAUUAUUAAAGUUGACUACUACAAGUGCUAAAGCUGACUACUAAUGAUUUUUGUUCAAAACCAUAUGCAGAGACUUUAUAGUUUGGGUGCCAGGAAAGUAAUAGUGGUGAAUGUUGGGCCUAUUGGGUGUAUCCCCUACCAAAGGGCUAUAAAUCCAUCGGCUGGAGAUAACUGCGUAAAUUUCCCAAAUGGGCUUGCGCAAUUAUACAACACCCAAUUGAGAGGGCUUGUGAGUGAACUCAGUUCCAAACUUACUGGAUCAAAGUUUGUCUAUGCAGAUGCCUACGGAAUAGUCCAAGACAUCAUUCAGAAUUAUUCAUCUUAUGGAUUUGAGAAUGCAAAUUCAGCUUGCUGUUCUGGUGGUGGAAGAUUUGGGGAAAUAAUUCCAUGUGGUCCUUCAUCUAAAAUAUGUGCAAAUAGAAGCAAGUAUGUGUUCUGUGAUCCAUACCAUCCAACUGAUGCAGCUAAUAUCAUCAUAGCAAAACGCCUACUGGACGGAAACUCUCCUGAUAUUUGGCCUAUGAAUGUCAGGCAGCUCUUUGCAUCCUCCUAAUUUCAAAAUGCCUACGUUAUUUUGUUUCUUUAUCUUCAUAGGGAAUUAAACAUUUAUACAGAG